AUGUGCUCCUCGCCUGCGAUCGGACUACUUCCGGUGGAGACACUUACCUCGUGCACGUAUAAUUUUAUCCGGUGGAAUUCCGAGGCUGGGGGAAGCUUUUCGAAUCUCGGGAGAGGCUUUGCGAGUCUGGCGUGCCUGCAACACGUUUCUGUACAAACACCGUUGCAACCACUUCGCAACGUCCCGUGUUCUUCCUCUCGCUGCGGUAAACCUACCGAUGCAAUCCAGGUGGACAAUCUGUGCCGAAACCCCCCGCUAGUGGUGCUGGUGCCCGCUUCGCAAGAGGCGGAGCCGCUUGAUAUAACGGUAACCCUCCAUCCGCGCGCGGCACAAAAGCAAACUCAAGGGCACAAGCAGAACCCAUCGCGACAUUAUCGCCAUACGAUCGACGGUGGGACGAAGGGCUCCCAGGCGAACAGCCCACCAUCUCCCGGGGAGCUGCCCGAGCCACCCUCCCCUUCGUCUCUCGGUAGCGCUUCCGCGGCGGCGAGCCGUUCCUUCGAGCAUCGGAGCAGCGGUGUGCAAAGAAGCCCUCCUAGCGCGAGAAAUAGCGAAGGGGAAUUUACAUCGCCCGGCGGAGGCGGGGAUGGGGACACGAAAGCCCAGCAUCAGCUGGUGGGGAAAGGGGGCGGGCGGAACGGGGUUCAGACAGGCGGCGGGUCUAAGCGCCGAGGUCGGCUGAAGAUCCCAGGUAGUGGAAGAGUAACAUUGACGCGUACGGGGAGCGCUAUGGGUGGGCGGGUGGCGCCGACUACGCUGCCGGUGCCGCCGGACAUGCGGCAGACCGCCUCCUGGGAAGGCGGCACGCAAUCUUUGGCGGCGACGGCACCGGCAGGGCUAGGGCGGCCAUGGGCCGAAGACGAGGGAGAAGCAGUCGCUUCUCCGACAGGACAGCGGAAACCCGGCCUCGUGAGUUCCAAGACAUAUGGCGCAGACGGUGGGGAGGGUAGCGGUCCCACUGGCGGAGGAAUUUUUGCUUCGCUUGCCCGACGCCGAAGCGUGGAUCAGGCUGCGGGGUACUCGGGCAGCAACGUAGGACUAAACAGUAAGAGGAGUGUUCCAUCCGCGAUGUCGGCAAUGGGUCAGGGUGACAGCAGUGGCAAGGGCCACAAGGAGGGGGGGGUACGCGGUGGGUUGAGCUCGGCGCCUGCCGCCGCCCUUGCGAGUUACAAGAUGUUCUUUGGGGACACCGACGACGGAGGGGAAGAGUCGGGGUCCUCGAACGACGAGGAAGACGGACCUCUGUUCAGAAGGAGCUACAUUCAAGUGACGUGCACCGCUCGGACGUCUUACAAGUUGUUCUCGAGCGACCCGCAGGACGAAGAGAGGGACGUGUACGCUGUGGUGACGGGACUGUUCGAGCAGUCGUUUACGAUCUCGAGAGAGUUUCCUGCGGGGAGCGGCAGCCGAGCAUCGUCGGGGAUGGGAAAUGCUACUAGAACAGAGGGGAGCGUUGCGUUUCUCACCUUUCACGACCCAGCUAUCAAGCAUCAGAGUCUCGACAGGGGGGCCGCGGGGGACAUCAAAGCAGCACUUGAAACCGAGAGAGCUAAGAUGGGAAUCGAGGAAGCAAGGAACCCAACUUCUAACGCAAAAGCGGGAGGCACUAUCGGCUACAACCCCUUCGACGACGAGAGCGACGACGAGAGCGGCGGCGGCGGCGACCGCGACACGUUGGGCGCAAGUGGGCUUGAUGCCCGCACCUUGCUUCCGCCUGAUUUUUGCAACGGCUCGGUUUCUGGGGAGGAGGGGGAGGGGGAAGGGAGGGGUCAGGUGCUUGUGAGCGAGGUGACGUCGGCCGCAACGGCCGACAACAACCGAAAUCCCAACACCGAUAGACCGUUAGACGACGGGACGAAACAUGCAACGGCGGAAAGCAUGCAACCACAGCACGAAAGCAGAUCAUCAGAGCCCGUCGGGGGUGACUUGUUUGGGGAGGGGCCAGAAGAACGAGAAGAGAGAAGUCGCAAAGGGUACGGGUUUGCGCCAUGCGAGGAUGACGCCACCACCGCCGCUGAAGGCGAAGUCAUAAAUAUGGCGGCAACGGCGGCGUUGACACCAGAUUCGGGGGGCCCGGUGACGUUUUCGCCUGGGUCAGCCUCACCCCGCUCGGGAGUCUGUAGCAUCGACACACCACCAUCACUGGCGGCAGGUUCACCAUCACCCGCCAAUAGCCCGUCCGUGGAGAGAACGGUCUCCCGGGUCACGGGACUAUUGCGACGUUUCAGCAGCAGGGAUAUCGUCGAUCCCGAUCCCGCCGAUACCCUCCACCUGGAACCAUUAGAGAUUGAUUCAGAUGACUACGGUGCAUAA